CAUGACCCCCGCCCACGACCAAACAGGGUGGCCCUUCCUCCCCUGGUAGGCUUGGCCCAUGACCCCCCGCGGGAGCUUUCCGUGCCCGGUCUUCUGGGCGGGUGCCGAGUCUCCGGGUUUGACCAAAACGGGCCGGGUUCUCGUGGACAUUCCUCGCCCAUCUAAGGGUCUCCGGAAGUUGAGCAGGGGCAGGGCGCAUGCGGAGGGAGGUCGGUUUGUUGGAGCUUAUAUUCAGCCACGAAGAGGGGAGCCCGGCAUCAGCGCUUUCCAAGAACCACCCGCGCGGCUCGGCCCGGCCGCCUGCCAGCUGUUUGGCGCUGUCCCCGCUGGCCAGACCGCCGCUGUCACCCUGGGCCCGAAGCCGGUGUGGAGGAUGGGGAGGGACAGAACGUUGGCCUUAUCUGGCCGGGAGCCGCCAGCCCCUUGUCCCAGCGCCACCUAGGGUCUGGGCUUCGCGCCAGCACUGCCGCAGGCCGCCCCGUCGAGCCAUCCGGGCUGGGCACCACUCCCCACCCCCAGCCGGGCCGUUCCAGACCUCCACGCCCGGCGCCUGGCUUCGCUUCCCGUUUUCCCGGCUCCCAGAACCCCCUCCCCUCGGCCUGGUCCGGGAUUCCCGGCCCUGACCCUCCCUGCCUCCAGCGCUGCCUCCCAGGGGGUCCCUCCCGGCCGGGGCCCGCCCCUCCGCCAGCCCCUCCCCGGCUUUCCGCGGGACCCUUGAAGCUCCCUGCCCCUGUCCCCUCUGCAGGCCCUCCCAUCUGCCUCUUCAGCCGCCCCAUACUCACUGCCACGUCCCCUGGCUCUGUGUCCCCUCCCUCUUGCGGGGACGCGUUCUGAGCUGGCUACAGGGUCAGGAUGGGUUUCGCUCCGGGUCUCAUUGGGGGUUCUUGGGGUUGGGGUGGAAUUACAUUUGGGAAAAAAGCCACGGAGUCAUUAAGUCCCACCGUCAUUAAGCCCCCAACUGACACCACUUUAAGCGCGAGUCUCGGGGCCUAUCCCACUCCAAGCGACCCCACCCAGCAGGUCGUGCCUGGGCCACCGUCACCGGUCACAGGUCCUGGGUCCCGGAAGCCCCGGGGGUCGGCCGCCUGCUGCUCCCCGACAGGCCAGCUGGUUCCCCUCAUGGGCGCCGCGCCCCCCCCCCCCCACGGGGCUGUAACCCGAGCCGCCCGCCGUCGCCUCCCCUCCCCGCUCCUCGGCGGCUCCAUGGCCCAGGUCCCCGCGCCGCACUGCCCCAGCGGCCCUGAGCCGGACAGCGAGUCCACCAUGGGCCGCGGGGCCUGCGUCCCCGCGAAGGUGUCAGGGGCUGCGCAGGGCGGCCGGCUCGGGGCCGUGCUGGGCGGGCUGUGCCUGCUCCCGGCGCUCCUGCUGCUGGCCCGGCUAGGGGCCCCUGCGGCGCCGGCCUGGAGCGCAGCGCAGAGAGAGGUGAAUGUGCUGGACGCCUCAGGGGUCCCUACAGCCCAGGUCCUCAGUCCAUUGUCCCCACUGGUGCCCCGAAAACGCCGAUACACAUUGACCCCGGCCAGGCUGCGCUGGGACCACUUCAACCUCACCUACAGGAUCCUCUCCUUCCCCCGGAACCUGCUGAGCCCCCGUGAGACGCGCCGGGGCCUGGCUGCUGCCUUCCGAAUGUGGAGCGAGGUUUCCCCCUUCAGCUUCCGUGAGGUGGCCCCUGAGCAGCCCAGCGACCUCCGGAUAGGUGGGCGCUGUGCCCCCGCCCCCGCCCGGCCGGGUGGGCUCUAUCUCAGCCCUGCGCUCCCCACAGGCUUCUACCCCGCCAACCACACCGACUGCCUGGCCUCUGCCCUGCACCACUGCUUCGACGGCCCCACCGGCGAGCUGGCGCACGCCUUCUUUCCGCCUCACGGCGGCAUUCACUUCGACGACAGCGAGCACUGGGUCCUGGGCCCCACGCGCUACAGCUGGAAGAAAGGUGUGUGGCUCACAGACCUGGUGCAUGUGGCAGCCCACGAGAUCGGCCACGCACUGGGCCUGAUGCACUCCCAGCACGGCCAGGCCCUCAUGCACCUCAAUGCCACGCUGCGGGGCUGGAAGGCACUGUCUCAGGACGAGCUGUGGGGGCUGCACCGGCUCUAUGGCUGCCUGGAUCGGCUGUUCGUGUGUGCGUCCUGGGCACGGAAGGGCUUUUGUGACACCCGCCGAAGGCUCAUGAAGAGGCUGUGCCCCAGCAGCUGUGACUUCUGCUACGAGUUCCCCUUCCCCACGGUGGCCACCACCCCACCACCUCCCAGGACCAAAACCAGGCUGGUGCCAGAGGGCAGGAACGUGACCUUCCGAUGUGGUCAGAAGAUCCUCCACAAGAAAGGCAAAGUGUACUGGUAUAAGGACCAGGAGCCCCUUGAGUUCUCCUACCCUGGCUACCUGGCGCUGGGUGAAGCCCGCCUGAGCAUCAUCGCCAACGCCGUCAACGAGGGCACCUACACCUGCGUGGUGCGCAGGCACCAGCGCGUGCUUACCACCUACUCCUGGCGUGUCCGGGUGAGGAGCUGAGCGUGGCUCCUGGGCUGCAGAGGCCUCAUAGAUAAAGCUCU